GGACCUGGAGGCGAGCCGCCUGACGCCGGGCGCGCUCGCCGUGCUGCGCGCCGCGCCGGAGCCGCUGGACUUCCUGCGCUCGGCGUGCCAGGAGGCGCUCGGUCCCUACAAGACUGACCCGCUCGUGCGGGGCGUGGUGACACGGCUGUCGCUGGAGCGCUGGCGGGGCGCGAGGCGGGUUGCCGAAGAAUGGUGGCUGCUGCCGGAGGCGGAUGAGGCGGCGCGCUCAGGCGCGUGCGAGGCCGCGGGCAGCGGGCUGCGGGCCUGCGCGCUGCGCGUGAAGAUGUCCGAGUUCCUCUGCCUCACCGCGCACGUGGAGGCUUGCGACCUCCUGCGCGGCACCGUCGCCGACGACCAGUGCCUCGCCGCCGCGCCCUGCCUGGCGGCGCUGCUGCGCGGCGCGCUCGGCGCCGAGGGCGAAAACGGCUUCGGGGCGGCCUCAGAUGUCCGACGGCAUCUCAUUUCACCGGCGUGCGUUUCUGGAGAGCACAUUUGUAUACGGACGUGUUGGUUC